AUGGAACAAUCGAGGGCUGGCUAUGGCCGAAAGCGAAUGAGCAUGGGCAACGUGAUUGGCGACCCAUUUGCUCUUGCAACAAUCUCCAUCGCCGCGUUAUCUUGGCUGAUCUCUUUGAUCGGGUCCAUCAUUGGCCAAAUCAACUCAGAUCCCACUGACCCAGACAACGCAUUUCCUAAAUUCGUCUGGUGGUCAAUCGUUUUUAUGUUUCUCUUAAUACCCGCUGUAUUUGUCGUCGUGGCCUCGGACUCUAUUCAGACCUACCAUGUGGCUUUGGUUGGUUACAUGGGCGCAGGUCUCGUGCUCACGUCGUCAUCUGUCAACUCAUUGAUCUACUACAGUGAAAGCUCUCGCCAAGCUGCCGGCGCCGGAUUUAUCCUUCAGUCCAUGGUGAACAUUAUCUGGAUUUUCUAUUUUGGAUCAGCACCAUCCGGAGUUGCUCGCGCUUACAUCGACUCAUUCGCCCUACAGAAGGAGUCAACCAUGAGCCGGCAAACGAUGAACGCCUACGGUGGUCGUCCUGAAACUUCCACAUCGGUUCAACCUCCACAAAUGUACACAUCUGCUCAGCUCAAUGGCUUCGAGAAUCCAUCGCCUGUCGGCGGACUCAAUGGAAACGGACCACGAAAUUCGUCUCCUGCCUUUGCUGCAGGCGGCAUCAAGCCAGCUCAGCAGCAACAGGCUGAACCCGAGAUCGUCGCCCCAUCAGAAUACCCUUAUAGGGCAAAGGCCAUCUACAGCUAUGAGGCCAACCCUGAAGACGCCAAUGAAAUCUCCUUCUCGAAGCACGAGAUCUUGGAGGUCAGUGACGUUAGUGGAAGAUGGUGGCAGGCAAGAAAAGAGAAUGGUGAGACAGGUAUUGCCCCCAGCAACUACCUCAUCUUGUUAUAA